AUGACUAAGACAGAAGUUGCUGAAUCUGGUUGUCAAGAAGAACCUGACAUCCAAGAAUCAGAGCAAAUCAAGAAGAACACUGUUAAACAGCAGAAGAUCUGCCCACCAACACGUAAGGAUGAGAUCGUCAUAGAGCAGCUGGAGCAAUGCUCCAAGGUUUAUGACUUUUACGGUGACCCAGAAACGUACUUCCUCGAAUGUCAGAUGAAGGAGAUGAUGCUGAAUCAACUGUCUUCCUACAUCACAGACAAAAGGACCAUCAUCUCAGAGUGUCUAUACCCAGAGAUUGUGAGCAUGUGUGCUGCACACAUGUUCAGGGAGUUGAGUCCAUCCUCUAAUCCUCCUGCUGCAGAAUUUCUUUCACAAAGUGAAGAACCCAAGCUGGAUCCUGCAUGGCCACAAAUCCAGCUGGUCUAUGAGUUUUUCCAGACGUUUCUAGAAGCUCCAAGCUUUCAGGUGGAGAUUGCCGAAAAAUACAUUGGCAAGGAAUUUGUCACGCAGCUCUUACAGCAGUUUGUUAGUGAAGAUCCCAGAGAGAGGGAGUGGCUCCAAGUGACAGUCAAGAGCAUCUACAGUAUCUUCCCUGGACUGCAAGGAUUCAUUCUCUGUGGGUUCUGUGAUAUUUGCUACAGGUUUGUGGACGAGAAGUGGCAGCCCACUGGUAUCGCCGAAACUCCUGGAAGUCAUGGAAGAGACGUUGCGCCUCCACUGACUGAAGAAGACCUGGUUUUCUUCUGGAGAGUUUUGGUGCCCCUCCACAAACCAAACACACUCCAUCUGUACCAUGAACAGCUGGUCAGGUGUAUUGUCCAAUUUUUGGUGAAGGAAGCAACUCUAACUGGGCCGCUGGUGCUCUAUCUGUUGAAGCACUGGCCAAAGACGUGCACAUGUAAAGAGCUGCUGUUCAUCAAAGAGCUGGAGGAAAUUCUUCAGUACAUCUAUACCUCUGAAUGCAAGUUGGUUCAGGAGCCUCUCUUCAAGCAGCUGGCCCGAUGCAUCUCCGGCUCAAAUCAUGUGGUGGCAAAGGCAGCGCUGCAGUUCUGCAUAAAGAAGCAUAUCACACAUUUUAUCAGUGACAAUGCAGAGGAGAUCCUGCCCAUUGUGCUGCCUGCCCUGUACCAGUGUUCAAACAGCCAGCUAUAUGAGUCUGUCAAGCACAUCCUGACUGAUUAUCUGCCACAGCUGCUCAUGAUGAAUCCUGAGCUCUUUGCA